UGAUACAUUACUUUUUCCAGCCAUCUUUGUUAUUGUUAGCCGGUUCAUUGUUGAGAAUCGACGUCGUGUAGCUGUGUAAUGAGAAUGGUAGCAACUAAACCCACAACAAUGAGUUUCUCACCUUAUGCAGAUAAUGGAGGAACUACAGUAGCCAUUGCUGGUGAUGAUUUUGUGAUGGUAGCAAGUGACACACGUUUACCAAGAGGAUUCAAUAUUUAUACUCGGGAUCAGAGGAAAGUUUUUGGCUUAACAACAAAAACCAUGUUAGCUUCAACUGGUUGCUGGGCUGAUGUACUAACCCUUAAUAAAGUCUUACAGGCCAGGCUUACGAUGUAUUCCCAUGAGCACCAUGAUGUAAUGUCAACAACAGCUAUUGCUCAACUACUGUCAACAAUGCUUUAUUGGAAGAGAUUCUUUCCAUACUAUGUUUCUAACAUCUUAGCUGGCCUGGAUGAAGAAGGUAAGGGUGUUGUAUAUCACUAUGACCCUGUAGGUCACAUGGAGAAGCUCACAUUCAGUGCUGCUGGAGCAUCAGUCGCACAGAUCCAGCCCCUAUUGGACAACCAGAUUGAAGCUAAGAACAUAAAGGAUGGAAAACCACCAAAGAUGACCAAGGAACUUGCACACCAGUUAAUUCACGAUUCAUUUGUCUCUGCUGCUGAACGAGACAUCAAUACUGGUGAUGGCGUUAUCAUAUACACUAUUACCAAGGAUGGAACAACAGAAGAAACUGUUAAACUUCGAAGAGAUUAGGAAUUUCCUAAUCCUUUUGCUAUUAUGUUUGUUCAGCCUUCUCUAAUAAUACAAUUUCUAAUGUAACUGCUUCAUUAAUGUGAUUACCAGGUUUUCAGUAAUAAAUUUGUAGUUUUAA